AGGUUCAACGAUCCUCGCAUGGCCUGCUGAGCUUGCAACGACGAUCCUCCUGUAGUUCGCCGCAUCCUCUGGUCUCCGUGCAGAUCCCUUCAGGUUUCACUCCUAUACAACAAGUUUCUCCCUUCUCUCUUUUCCAGCUACGAAGAAUCUCAAAGGAUCAGAUAACAAAGAAGUUCAAAUCUCUGGAAAUCAACACCUCUGAGACAAGCAAAAUUCCUUGAAGGCCUCGAAUUUUCUUAUUUUAUUCGCUUCCCUAUCAAACGAUUAAGUUAAGAUGAACCGAUUGAUUGCAACGUUUUUCCUUCUUUGUUGCAUCUCUGUAGAAACGAUCGCGUCAAACCAAGACGAUGCAUUGCAAACCAGCGUGACUCACAAUAACAUGAAAGCCUUGCAUGAUCUGGCAAAAUCAACGCAUUCGAAACAGGCCAGCCUUGCAGUUGCCACUGCAUCACUUCAGAAGAAAUCAUCGGGAAGCCUGCAUGAUAUCUUGAAACAUCCGAGCAUUGUGCAAAGAUUCAACGAGGUAAAGAAGAAAGCUGCAGCGAAAACGCGUUUGGGGAUUAAAGCACAAACUUAUGCUUCCGAGAAUGUCAAGUCAGCUAGUGAUGCUACUGAGUGGAUGCCAUUCGUGCUCCCACCUCUUGGCUUGUGCUUGUUGGGUGGAAUUGCGUUUGCAGUGGUUUCCAUCAGAAAAUGGCAGAAGAUCCCUUCAAUGCCGACACAGGGACGCAUGGACAUCAAGGACAUCCAAGAAUCUGCUCGGCAGAUGAACUCGGGGAACAAAACAAAGGAGAUGAAGAAUGCAUGGGAUCACCUAUAGAAUUUUUUGAGGGGCAGAUCAUACAAUAAAUUUUUCCAAAGUGC